AUGUCAAAAAUCGCCGCGUUGCGAGUUGCUUUGCAAGGCAAACAGCAAACGACAAACGACAAACAACAAUUGAUUUGUACUCAUUUGUUGAGAAGUUUAGCGGGCGAUGAUAUUUUGGUGAAAAGUGCUCGAAUUGUGGCGGGGUGUGUUACGUACGCAUUUUUUCUUAUUAAUUAGAUGAAUUAAAUUGUCAACAAAUCCGGUUUUCCUACAACUCGAAAACAACAUUUAACAGCCAUCGAUUGCGAAAUGUGAAAAUAAAUGAAAUCGUUUGAAAAUAAGUGAAAAAAUUGUAACUUCAGUGAAAAAAAAAAAUACAGAUUCCUUUCCCAGCUUUAGUGCAUGCGUGUGUGUGUGCCCAUUUUCAGCUAACCCCUCAUACCUGCUGAGCAUUGUCGUUCCAUAAAAUUGUACAUCACUAGUAUCUAACGCAUCUUUAUGAGCUGGUUGAUUGCACUAAACCGCCAAUUAAUUGCGUGUGGGCAUUAAGAGCUUGUAACAACAACCGGACAAGGGAUAUGUGCUGCUAUCGCGAUUUAAAUUUCAUUUAAUUGAAUUUGCUUAGUUUUGGGACUUGGGCGGGAUAUAAAGCAAACCUUCCGAUAAACUCCCACCACAACGCUAUUACCAUACAUACAUACAUACAUCAAUCACCUAUAGGCCCAACGAAAAAUGACGUUCCAACAAUUGUUGCAUUAUAAAUACCUAACGAAGGAGCAGCUCAAUGGCUUUGAUAAUUACAAGUACAGCGCACGAGAUACCUCUCCUCUCAGCGUUUAUGUUAUGCACCCAUUCUGGAAUUGGAUUGUCAAGUUCUUUCCACGCUGGCUUGCCCCAAAUGUUAUGACUUUUCUUGGCUUCCUUUGUACGGUGUUGAAUUUCCUGCUCCUAUCCUAUUAUGAUUGGAAUUUCUUCGCAAGCUCUGGUCUACCAAACACUACACCCAUACCCUCAUGGGUGUGGCUAAGCUGUGCAAUAAAUAUAUUCUUAGCCUACACAUUGGAUGGUAUUGAUGGGAAACAGGCGCGUCGUAUUGGCUUGUCCGGUCCGCUGGGUGAACUCUUCGAUCACGGGCUGGACUCUUAUACAGCUGUGCUGAUACCUACAUGUUUGUAUAGCAUUUUCGGACGCAGUCCUGUUUACUCAGUGGCGCCCAUACGCAUGUACUAUGUAUGUUGGAUGGUGUUUUUGAAUUUCUACAUUUCUCAUUGGGAAAAGUAUAAUACGGGCGUACUGUAUCUACCAUGGGGCUAUGAUUUGAGCAUGUGGGGAUCCACUGCUAUGUAUCUGUUGACGUGGUGGUUCGGUUUUGAUUUUUGGCAGCGCGCGCUACCAUUGGGCAUCACUCUGGGACAUAUGAUGGAAUUCGUUUUGCAUAUUAGCGCGAUGGCCAAUACACCGAUGGUGGCCAUAAAUGUAUAUAACUCAUAUGUGCAGCGUACUGGCAAAAUGCGUGGUUUCAAGGAAGCGAUCCGACCAAUAUGGCCUCUCUUAUCGUUCAUUAUCAUAAUGCUGUUGUGGCCGUUUAUCUCGCCAAACGACAUAAUGGAAAAGGAUCCACGCAUAAUGUUCAUGCUGAGUGGCACAAUUUUUUCGAACGUUAGUUGUCGUCUGAUCGUGGCACAAAUGUCCAAUACACGCUGUGAAUGCUUUCAUUAUAUGACUCCCAUCUUUCUGAUCUUCGUUGGAAUCGGCUUAUGGAUACCGCUGCUCGAACGCCUAAUGCUCUAUAUGCUGUUCAUCGUUACAACACUAACACAUUGGCAUUACGGCACAAAUGUGGUAAAUGAAAUGUGCGAGCACUUCAAUCGUAUCUGCUUUAGUGUGAAUAUGCGCGAACGAGCGGUACGCAAUGCCCAUGCGACAGAUAGUGAAGAUGUGCGUUUGCGUGAUAUGGAGAAGACCGACUAAGAAAAGAGCAGAACCAAAAAACAAACAAAAAGACAAAUGUGCUUAUUCAAAUGAAAUGCAUGGUGAUUUUCUAUAUAUUUUUACAAUUAGGCGCCAACAAACAAAACAAAGGAGGCUGGCCAUCGUUUUCUGAUUUUUAUUUUGAAGUCAAGUUUACCGUAAUUAUGCGUUGGUUUAAUCGUAUUUGUCGGUAUUUCGAUGAAAUGACAUGUAACGAGCUCCUUGUGAAUGACAUUAACAUGUAAUUGGAUAGACAAUUUAGUGCUUAGUAGCUGGUAUGUGAUUUGAGCUCUCUCUCUUUAUUCCAAUGUCUCUCUUAAUUUUUGUGCAUUUACAAACCGCUGCAUUGCCAUUUAAGUGUAUAUUUCUGAAAUACUCUAAUGAAUUCAAGCUCUCUAAAGAAAAUCAACUGAAAUCAAUUCAACUUACUAAAAUUUAUAUUUAGUAAAAGUAGGCAUUUAAAUCAUUACUUUUAAAUUAAAACAAAUUCCUUAUGCGGGUGAAUUGGCUAUAUAUAACCCUGUUUGAAAAAAAAAAAAAAAAAAAAAAAAAUGGUGGCUAAGUAUUAAAACUCUUGGCAGCUCAAUUUCGUAAAUUAUUAUUUUUUAAAUUCUAUGUUUAAAUUAAAAAUUAUUUUUCAAGUAAUAAAAAAUUAAAUAAUAAGCUUGUCAACAGUUAUCUCAUUUUUAUGUGCUUUAGUGUAGUCUUUUUUUUUUCAAAUGCUUGUAUUUCAAAUCAAAGCAAAGUAGGUGCUGAAAUGGUAUAUAUUUUUCAAUCUAAAUGCAGUCUAAUUAUUUCCAAAUUCAUAGAUUAAUUAUAAAAAUGCUUACCGUCACUGAUGUGCGUGCAAUUUUGUAAAAAAAAAUAAUAAUUUAGAAACAUUUUAAAGACAAGUUUGUGUUGAUCAUAUCACAUAUACAUAUAUAUAGAUAUGUAUGGGUAUAUCUAAGAAAGGCUCACUUCUUUUUUAACUAGAAGUACAGUGUACACUAAUGUGCAAAAUAAUUUUAUGCAUUUCAAUUUUACUCUUACUGAAACAUUUUACCAUUGCUUCGAGCAAUUCACAUCAUUCUCUCUACGCGCUCAUCACUACACUUCACUUGCCAUAAACUCACGCAUUAUUUUAUAUACAUCACAUUUAAGUAUCAUUAAGUUCAUAGUAUUUAUUGUAUGUAUUAUUUUAUUUCCAAUUAAUUUAUUUAAAUGAAGUUAUGUAACGAUUUACCUAAAACCGCUUGAACCUCUUAAUUUUGUGUUUAUUUGUAUAUGGUGUGAAUUUAAAGUAAUAUAAUUAGCUGAAAGUAUAAAUUAAAUGUAUAAAUGAAAUGUGUAUUUAUAAUUCCCUUUUGUGCUCGUGCAAAUGUUGAAUUCACGCUCUAUAAUGUACGCUUUAAUUUAGUUAAAAUUAAUUAGCUUCCGAAUAUUGUGUAUUAGCAUACAUACACAGACACGUCUUCUCAAAGGAAACAAAAAUAAAAGAAAAUAAACGAAGAAAAGAAAAAUAUCAAGUGUUUUAGACUGAAACAAGUUGAAAAACUUAAAAUGAAUUAAGCCAUUAGCUAAAAUUAUAUUGAGUAUUAGUUAAUCAUAUCAUUUGAAGUUUUUAAGAAAUGGAUUUUACGUAAAUAUAGAGUUUUGUUAGUAGAAUACGGCUUAUAAUAAAUGUAUAUAUACGAGUACCCAGCUCAAUGCUUACACAAGGCGUCUAAGAUGAUUUUUGCUCGCUAAUAAGAAUACGAGUGGUAUGUCGUCUCAAAGCUUAGGAAAGCGCAAAGGCGUUGAUUAAAAUUAAUUAAAACUUAUUUAGUGCGUAUUCGGUUUUAAUUGAGUUAAUUUAGUAAAUAAUUGAAAAAAAUCUCGGUUUUAGUUGACUAAUUUAAUAAAUAAUUUUAAAAAAUUUAGCUUUAGUUGAGUUAAUUUAAUAAAUAAUUAAAAAAAAUUCAGUUUUAGUUGACUAAUAUAAUAAAAAAUAAAAAAUUCACAAAUAAGCUCUUCAUUAAUUUUCAUACCUACAUAAAAAUAGUAGUCACUCCCUUUUAUGAAGUGUUGCAAAAUGCAAUCGUGCAAUUCAUAUUUUAUAACCUCAAAUUCAAAAAAUAAUUACAGCCACGAUUUUGUUUGAAGAAAGUCCGCCUUCCAAAAAAAGAAUUUUUAUUGAGGGAUCUAAAUAAUUGUGUAAAAACACAUUUGUUUAUUCUUCAAACGUUGUAAAAUACAGUGCAAAUUCAUUUAAUAUAAAAAAACGUGCAAUAGUGAACUAAAGCAGCAGAAAAGGCAAGCAACAUAAAACAAAAACAAAAGCCGCAAUUAAAUGAAAUUUAGUUUAAAGGCGUAAAAUAGAAAAAAUGUUAAUGAGUACUAUACAAUAUACACAUAUACAUACAUAUGUACAUGAUAAUAGACAGAGGACUACAUAAAUAUGUACAUUUACACAAAUUCAAGAUAUUAAAAAAUAUA